UCUAAAACGUUGAGGACAAAAAGAAACUGAUAAAUUUGGCAAUGAAUUAAACAAGUUCAAACCACGAGAGAGUCCCGAUACCCAUGUUAUGACCAAGCAAGAGUUGUUGUCGCAGCAAAACACAUGAAAUUUUUGCGACGAAGUUGCAGAAUGACUUCAGAAUUUCACUGAGCUGAGUUGGUUAUACAUUAUCCGCAUAAUUAUUUGCCCGUAAUGGCGUAAUCCAGUCAACAAUUGGAAAAAAUUAUCAAAAACCUUCAGCACUUACAUGGCCAUUAUGAGGUUUAUCCAGAACAAAUGGGAUAUUAUACCGUGUGGCGAUAACCAUGGGAUAAUAUUCGAUUGUCAAGGCAUUCCCUACGAACGCUGUAUUUGAAUCCACAUAUCCUUUAUCCAGCAGAACAUGGUGAUUGGGUUCAUUGGACUUCAGCGUCCCAUAGACGAAAAUGUAAUGGCGACGUGACAUAAUUCUGGAAGAGACACAAAAGUAGCGUGCGACAGUUAAUGAGCGGUCCCAUAACCCGAGCAAGAUGAGCUUCUCCAGCAGAAUUGAGCUUGAUGAAUUUGAUGAGAUGGCUUUCGGCCUGGGAUCCCAGACCAACACUUCUUCUGCCGGUCGGCAGUCAUCCGUGGAGGAUCCUAUCAGUCUCUUAAACAGCCGCGAACCUCCGCCACUGCGCUUUCCGGGAGUCCGUCCCGCUCCCGCGCCGGUCAGUUCGACCAAGAUCCCUUUGGAUGGAUUGUUUUCCGACGAAGACGAAGAUAACCUCUUUCCUUCCUUCACAAACACAACCACCCGGCGACCAUCCACGCCCAACAAACCAGUGUCUUCGAUGGAGGACACGGCCGCGCUACCACGAGAAAUGUCUAUCAGUAGCCGCCUCGGCUUGGGAGACGACGAGGAUAAUGCGCCCACACGCCCGGUCACGGCGGCCAGCUCGGUCCCGCGGCCACCUUCGCCUGCGGCCACUCCGGCCAGUAAUCGUCCGGUUACCGCUGCGUCUAGUGUCGGUGGUCUGGGCAUACGGACGAACAGCGACACCGCUCAGGCGGCGGUUCCAUUACCCAGGGCUACAGUGCCUGAUAGCACGGACAGUACGACGAAUAAUCGCGGGCCGGCGAGGAGUACGUUGUUCCGGAAUUUGGCGACGCCACCGUGGGAAAGAAGCACUGCAUCAAAUACGGCAAUCGCACCGAUAGCCACGAGUGCCCCUGCGCCGGCCCCAUCCGUCGCUACGAACGCCGCUGUCACUGUUCCCGUCCCACCAGCCGUACAUUCGUCGAUGGAUGCUGCUCUGAAUGAUAGAGCUGAAGCGGAAAGGUUACGAAGAAGUAUGAUAUUCGGCGGUUCCGGCAUGAUGUCAACGCCUUCAGCACAACCAGUGGCCUCCGUAGAGCCUAAUGCACACACUGCGUUUCCGGCUCCCGGACAUCCGUUGACGUCCCAAGUGGACACGUCCACCAACCAGAUGGUCGGCAAAUUGAUCCGGGACAUCAACACAGCUGAAAGCGAAGAUCACAAACGUGUUGCCAGUCAUCACGAGUUUAUUCGCCAGCAGACGCAGCACGCCGCACAACUGCAGCAGCAACAAGCGGAAGAAUUUUUGAAGCAGUAUUUAUCCGAAAACCGCCGGCAGCUAGAUAUCCAUUUGCAACGCCUCCGAACGGGACUUCCUCUGAAUGCAGCAGUUGCCGGCGAGAGUGGAGUCGAUUUGGAAUCAAACAGAGUAAAUUUGGAUAACCUCGAGAAAAAAGUAGAUAUACUGGAGAAGCGACUUCAGGAUCGCGAAGAGCAUCUGCGCCGUUAUGCUGAUCAGACAAUGACUUUAGAGCAGCAACAUUGGGAGGAAAUGCGACAAAUUCGUGAAAAACACGAAGAAGCGAUGCAACGGAUGUUGCAAACACAGUUUGAAUACGUUACCAAUAUGCAGAACAACCACGAAAAUGUUCGAUCACAAUAUACCGAAGCCAUUCAUUCCUUACGAGACGCACUGUCGGCAAAAAGCGGAAUCGAUGCAGUAAGGUCAACCGUGGAGCAAUCGGCGCACGAUUUCGCAUUGUGGCGUACUGAACUUGAACACAAACAUGAAGUGGCUAUGCGCGAGAAGGACCACCAGUUACAAGUUCGUGACAAUCAGUUAAAAGAUUUGGCCAAUUUAAUUGAGCGGCAAAACCAAUCUUUCAAACUGGAACGCGAGUCAAUGCAGAAACGUAUCGACGAAGAUUCCAAACGAUUGCUCAAACGAGAAGCCGAACUGGAAGAGCAAGCUUAUGCUCUGCAACGCGAUCGCUCUGAAUUUGAUAGCGAGCGUAACAAAAUUCGCAACCAGCAUACAAAAGAAAUACAGCGUCUAGAAAAGCGCAUGGAAGAAGUACUGCAGGACAAACAAGCCGCGUUGGAAAAUUUGGCCGAAGAACGGCACAUCCUUGAUUCUGACAAGAGAAGACUUGCCGACACCAUUCGUUCAAUUGAGGACAAAUAUGCCCUAGAGCUGAAGAAAAAGCAGUUGAACCUCGAAUCCACCAUGGAAGCGGUGUCAGCUGAGAAGAAGCUCUGGGAGGAGAAACACCAGAAUUUAGAUAAGGAAAUUGCGGCUGUCCGUCUAGAACGAGAAAGGCUGGACCGCGACAAGACUGAACUGCAAGAGCGGAAACAUCGUCUAGAACGCGCCAUCGAUGACCUUUCCAAAAGGGAGUCAGCAGCAGAAGACACCCUAAUGCGAGCCAAUAGAGCAAAACAAGAAGGCGAGCGUGCGUUUAACGAAGCAAAAUUCAUGGAUGAAGAACACAAAAUGCGGGUGACGAAACUUAAUGGAUUUCUGGAGCAACUGCGCGAUCGGGAGAUGAAUCUGAUGCGGCAGGCCGUAGAGACCAGCGUCGUAGGGCAGCGGCGGGCGAAUACAGCGCUGAAUUUGCUUCCGUAUCGGUUGGGUAUUGCUGGUGCUGGAAUGAGUUCAAGCGGAGUAAGAGUGCAGCUGCUGCCAAAUCCCGCAAAAGACGACCAGGAAGCACAACGUCACUGGCAGGAAGAGAAGGAAUAUAUUGAUGCCCUCAGAGGAGCACCGUGGAAUUCGAAAAGAAAUUCGUAGGCACUAGGCAGCGAAUUUACUAGUGUACGAGUAAUCAGAUUUGUGACUCGAGCAUCAUGUUUGGUGCUUGAUGGUGAUCGCCUGACCGGUAAGAAUCUUUCCGCUUCUGCUUCUUUAGACAUACUGCUUUAAUAAAAUUACGAGAAAAGAAAUUCGGACAACG